AUGUCCUUUUCUAAAAACAUGUUGAUUUGUGAUAUUAAGCUCCGUGAUGCACUUGCUUCGAUGGAAUGUGUACGGAGGGAGAUACUUGCCCAAAAUAGAACCUUUUUGUCAAUUAGAAAAGACGUGUAUUUCCAAGUGCUUGGCAAUCGUGCAUGCUUUUCCUUGGAUGAGUUGAAAAAACAUGAAAUUGUUGUGAUUCUGCAACGUAUUUAUACUGUUUUUUUCAGCCAAAUAAGAGGAUCUUUUUAUAAAGAUGAUGUUAUACAGCUUUUCUUGGAAUUAUGCCAUUUUCACAAAAUCAGUUUCGGUUCAGUGAAAUCUCGAGAUUUGUGCUUUAACUUAAUUAUCUCUCUUUUUUUGCAAUAUCAACGGAAACAAAAGUUACGGAAAACGGGAGUAUAUGACCGCGCAAGACUUCCUUCUUUACAUAACCCAUUACCGCGGUUGGUGGUGAUAUACCCCAGUUUUCUUGUAAAGAAUAAAUCUCUCUUGAAUCAGUUCCUGCAGUCGCCGCCAUUGUUUAUUACAUUUCCAUUAGAGGACGCUGUGAUACGUCUUCGACUGGAGGCAUCUGAGGUGAAUGAAGAUCCAAGUUCUUGUGGGAGACUCUAUACCUGUUAUACCUGUCAUGUUAGUCGUCCUCAACCCUGGUAUAAGAUUGAGUUUUGCAAAGAUGGCGAAGCCACUGGUGUUCAAAACACUGCAAGUCUUGAAGAAGAAGGAGAUAUCCGUAAAGAUUUUAACUUGUGUAUUAUUUGUGCCUUUUAUUUCUACUGUUUGACGUCUAAUGGACUUUCACGUGUGAUCAACGAAGUACCAAGAAGAUUUCGAGUGAGUCCUGACACUGGAAUAUACAUGGUUCAUCUUUCAAGUAAAGAUGAUACGGUAAUUGUCAAAUUUCGUCUUAAACCAAGAGGCGCUCACCCAAUUGUGUGGAUUGCAAAAAAAGGUAUGAAUCAACCCCCCGCCUCUUGGCGCUCUAAACUAAAAUUUGUUUCCUCUGAAGUGCGCCAACGAUCUCAUGAUGGAUACAGUACCAAUGAGGAUGCCUGCUUGAUCUGUCGUGAGAGUCUCAAGAAUGGAAAAGUUGUGUGGCAGGCAGUUUGCGGACAUUGUGUUCAUGAGAAUUGUUGGCGGAAAUUGAUGCUAAGAAUGAUGAAUAAGUGUCCACUCUGUCACCAAAAGGAUUUCUUAACAAGGGGUAUCAAGUUAAGCAAUAAUCUUAAUGAAUUUGAGGUACAUGUCAAACGACCAGAUAAUCGGAAGAAAUUCGUUCUGGUAAUAGGCGCAUUAAUUUCUUUGGAUGGACAGUACCACAACUAUACUAAUAUUUCUGCGUGUAGGUCCCUCUACAUCAAUCACCCCUGCUCUCAUAAUUUUAAUGAGAACGAAGAAAAUCUAAUUAAUCCGUUUCACUCUUCUCUUCAGGGUGGAUGA